CAAGAUAUCAUCGCAGAUUCCGCUAUUUUAAUUAAACCCCUGGUCUAAUGCAGUAUGCUCAAUUUUUUGUGAAUAUUUGACAAGUUUCCGUUUGCCGCGAUAUGUUUGUUUCUAGUGAUUAAUAGUGCAUUUUUUUGAGAUUACUGUAUAUUUUCAUAUUGGGUGUAAAAAAAAAGUUUGACCUUCAGGUUGCGCAACAAAUGGAAAGGCAAGUGUCGAGCACGAUAAGUCUUAUAAGCGACGAUGACGACAUCUUUGGAGGGACCAAUCAAGACGCCGACACUUACGACGAAAAGAAAUGGACUAGGGGACACUUAAGAUCCCAAUUUAAGACGCUGGAACUGUACCACCUGUUCAAAAAAUACACAAACAAAAUCUUCUUCGGAUACUUUUCGCUGUUUUUAAUUCUGACGUUCCUGCUGUUCACCGGGCAUGCGAUAGUGCUUAUCGCGGUUACAAGUGGCGAUACGCAACAACUAAAAAUCCUCUUGCCAGACCUAUUGGUAUACACACUGGUGAGCGUUCACUCACUAGUGGGGCUCGUCAUCUUAGAAAUAGUAAAAAAACGCUCCACCAGAUGGGAUUACUUCUGCGUGAUCGCCUUCCUGGUGAUUUUCGUGGCGAACUUUUUCCCGCCCGUUUACCAUGAUCUGAUGGGGACAGAUCUGACCUGUACGUACACGCCUGCGUACUCGUUUCUCAUAAUCAUCGCCUGCUACAUCUUUCUCGGGAUAGAAAAGGGAUUUGUGGCCGCCAUCUUGGGCACCGUGGUCUCCACCGCGCAUGUGCUCACCCUAAUUUUCGUCAGUUACAGGGAGUCCCACAUGAAAACCGCUAGAGUUUUUUCAGAUGUCAUCUUCUUGAUAUGUUUCAAUGGCCUCGGGAUCUAUUUUAGAUAUCUCAACGAAAUAGUGCAGAGGAAGAGUUUUUUGGACAGGAGGGACUGCAUAGUUAAUACCCUUCAGCUAAAGCAUGAAAAAGAACAAGAAGAGCAAUUAAUGUCGAGUAUCAUACCGGCCCCCCUAAUAGAUAAGGUGAAGCAGAGCUAUUUGAGAAGCCAAGAGAACUAUAGGUUAACUGGGAAAAUUGGGGUCGAAAAAACCAACGACCUAUUAGAAAUACAUGAAGGGGUCACAAUCCUAUUCGCGGAUAUCGUCAACUACACCGUAAUGACCAAAAUGCUAAACAUUAACGCGUUACUCGAAGUACUCAACGAACUCUUCGGAAGGUUCGAUCAUGCCUCGGAAAAACUCAACGUAAUCCGGAUAAAAUUCUUGGGCGACUGCUAUUAUUGCGUAUCUGGACUACCACCCACCCCUCCAAAGAAUCCCGCCGAGGCCUGCGUAGAUUUGGGGUUGAAAAUGAUCCAAAUAAUUGCCGAUGUCAGGGAAAAAAAUAAUUUAACAAUAGAUAUGCGUAUUGGGAUACAUACGGGGCGUAUUAUAAGUGGCAUCAUAGGAAAAGUAAAGUAUCAAUUCGACGUCUGGUCUAAAGACGUGGAUAUCGCCAAUAAAAUGGAGAGUGAAGGAGUGGCGGGUAAAGUUCAUAUAACGAAUGUAACAAAGGACUUUUUGGAAAAACCUUACGAUAUCGUGGCUACCGAUAAGGGAGAUACCGUUGCGCAAUUCAAGCAACACAACUUAAAAACUUUCCUAGUUUCACCGAUAAUGGACUACACAGAAAAUAAUUCACCAAACGGGAGCAUUUCCGACUGCGAUCCAGAGUCCACGGUUGUACCUCCAUAUAAUGCCAGACCCUCAAUAUUUCGAAAAAAUGGUACUUUACCGAUCCUAAGUCACCUCAACCAUCAUCAGGCAGAAACGAUGCCUCAAAUAAACGUAGAACAACGACCCACUUUGACGAUUAUUGAGAGCAAUAACUUAGAUCACGACAGGAGAAGCAAUGUUGAUCAAAGAAGGACGACGUUAUACCAAAGGAGAGCGAGUAAAUAUCGCGUAAACGAGGAUAGAAGAUACACGGCCGAUUUUAAAAGAAGAACCGCCUUCAUGGGUACUAAUUUCAAAAGAUACGUGGAGAGAUCCGCCAUCGUCGAUAAAGAAAUGGAAAAAACCAUUAAUAAUAUCUCUUUCUCAAAAAAAGACCAGUACAUAAGAGACAAAGACAUCAGCAGCCUGCUAAUAUUUAAAGACAAAAAGAACGAGAUGGAGUACAUCAAAAUGAAAGAUCCGAUUUUUAAGUACUACGUCUUAAGUCAAGUGGUGCUGGUAAUCUGCGUUUAUCUCAUUCAAAAUUUGACGUUAGACAGCACAGCCUGGCUAAGAUACGAGUUUAUAAUAACCCAGUUAAUUCUGGUACUCAUUCUGCUGCCAAGUACCUGGACCUACUAUUUGUACCUGAAGUUUUAUACGAAAUAUAGCGAUAUUUUACCUAGGAAUGGUGUUGUGAGAUUCUUUUAUAAGUCUUCCAAGUUUAUCACUUAUAAUUUCUGGGCCAGGCUUCUCAUUUAUAUUAUCGUGUGGCUCCUCUUUUUGUCAUGUGUAUUUUUAGAAGUGCAUUUUUGCCACGUAGAAGUCCUAGAUGACCCGGAUGUAACGAAAGAGGGCCACUGUAUGGUACCAUGGCAUAUUACAGAAUCCUGCGCUCUAGCCCUCGUAAUGACCUUUUUAUUCCUAAAAAUUUUCAUUUGGAUGAAACUGUUAUGCGCAGUGCUGACAACUGUGGCCUACAGCUGUUGCGUCAUGUUUUACGUGAACCCUAUAUAUAAGUACAGCGAAACGUUCAAUCCGUACCUGGAGCCCCAGUUCGCUCACAUAAUGCAAGUGAUUUUUUUGACGGUUACUUUGCAUUUGAUUGACAGGCAAACGGACUAUAUGAACAGGUUGGACUUCUUAUGGACCUCUAAACUAUUGGAGGAGAAGAGGAAGGCUAAUGAACAACAGGCGGUCAACACUAAUAUGUUGUGUAAUAUUUUACCGAAACACGUUGCAAAAAUUUACUUAGACGUUAACAAAGAACUAAACGAUCUCUAUUACGAAACACACAGUCACGCCGCCGUCAUGUUCGCCUCCAUGAUAUACCACGAAGACUGUAUGGAACACGAAAUGUCAUUUUUACAACUUAUGAACGAAUACAUCACCAUCAUUGAUACUUUGAUUAAUCGGAAAGAGUUUUCGAAAGUGGAAAAAAUAAAAAUAGCGAAGUGGACAUACAUGGCCGCCUGCGGACUGACCGUACCAGGUGAAAACGAAAAUGUAGGCCGCCUGGUGGAGACCCAUCACACCAGCAGCACCUUGGAGAUCUUACUGAAUUUCGCCACCACGAUGUUCAAAGAGUUUAGGGAGCAUAACACCUCGUUUACCCAAAUACAUUUGAGAAUAGGUAUAAGCCAUGGACCGAUCGUUGCAGGGGUGGUGGGCUCCAAGAAACCUUUAUACGAUAUUUGGGGGGAUGCGGUCAAUAUGGCUUCGAGAAUGGAUAGUACCGGUAGUCCUGGCGAAAUUCACAUUCUGGAAAAUACUGCUCAUGAAAUUGAAAAUUUGGGGUACGAGUGUAUACCGAGAGGUAAACGAUUCGUGAAAGGGGUUGGGGAGGUGCCGACGUUUUAUGUGAAAUUGGACGAGAAUUAUAAUUUGGUUCGUAGACGAAAAUGCAGUAUUACAAAGUGAUUUCAGAUUCUGUUGAUGCAAAAAUUGUACUGAUUAAUUUAAGACAAUUUUAUGGGACCCCUUGUAUAUUUUGCAAUAAGAUAAAAGGUAUCCUUACAAGUACAAGUUCAACCCUGUACAGUGAUUUUUAAUACAAACUUUAAUAAGACAUCCGGUACAUAUUCCUACUCUAGGCUAAAUCUAAGCAAGCACCAAAGAAAUUUGUACUAUUUACAUACUAUUAAGGUUAUAUUAUGUAUUAAUUUAUUUUUUAAUGUAUGUGUGUAUAUAGAUUUCCAAUAAAUUUAAGGAGUAA